AUGCAGCCCGCUUCAGCAAAGUGGUAUGAUAGAAGGGACUACAUCUUCAUUAAAUUUUGUGCUGAAGAUAGUAAAGAUAUUAAUGUAAAUUUUGAAAAAUCCAAACUUACAUUCAGUUGUUCUGGAGGAAGUGAUAAUUUUAAACAUUUACAUUAAAUUGAUCUUUUUCACUGGAUUGGUCCAAAUGAUUCCAAGCAUAAAAGAACGGACAGAUCAAUUUUAUGUUGUUUAAAAAAAGGCGAAUCUGGUCAGUCAUGGCCAAGGUUAACAAAAGAAAGGGCAAAACUUAAUUGACUUAAUGUGGACUUCAAUAUUGGAAAGACUGGGAAGAUGAUUCAGAGG